CUUUGUAUUAGUUAUUGCUUACAAUUCAGUCUCCUAUACAAGGAAGGAAACAUAACAUAUGAGCAGUUGGAUGAGGUCCCAGGUGACAUGGAGUAGCACAUAUGCGGAUUUACCUGUGUGGUGUCUAUAAAUGUAAAUUAUAUAUAGGAAAUAUACUGAGGAGCAGCUUUUGCAUUAAGGACAGGCACUUCCAUUAAUAAUUAGAGGGGAUUGAUGUCAGGGCCUACUAUUGUAGAGGUUUCAGCAGGGAUAUUGGUUAUUGAUCCAAAAUUAUUGGGGAGAUUUAUCAAUCAUCCUAAAACCCUAUUAUAUGUAUGAAUCCAGCAGAUCAUCUACAUACAAAAGAGCUGGUUUGUGAUUGGUUGGUCUUGAUACAAGUGAGCUGGCCUGUGAUUGGUCGGUCUGGCUUGGCACCUGCACGGUAUGUUUGUCUGUUGUCCUGACAACCAACCACUCAGCUGGAGCGACCGCCAGAGGAGGAGCUAUUCUGUGAUUUCUGAGCCGUACAAGUGCAUUAUUGUAUUAUUUGUUGCGUCUUAGUGUCUGUGUGUGUUGUUUGUUGUUGUGUGUCUGUGUGUCUGUGCUUUUAUUUCAGGUAACACCUCACUUUCCGGUUAUACCAUCCUUUCCGGAUCAUCCAGUGAUGGAGCGCCACACUUUUGAAAGGACACCCCACUAUGACUACACGGAUGACGAGGGGCUCUGGAAAGAAGAUGGAGGCCGUACCUGCAGGAGAAGAUGCCUGGGGACCUGGGAUCUUCGCUUGAGCCUGCAGGAUCCUGAUCAGGUCUUUGAGAUGAACAGAAGGGCCAUAGACAUUAUCACAGCGUUCCAGGAAGAAAACAGAGAACAGGAACUAAGGAUCACCCAAUACUAUGAAGAAGAGGAGAAGAAGGAGAAGGAAAACAAAGAAGAGGAAGAGGAAAAAGAGGAGGAUGAAGGGGAGGAAAAAGAAGAGGAAGAGAAGGAGAAAAAGAAGAAAUAUGAAGAGGAGAAGGAGAACGAAGAUGAGAAGCAGGAUGAAGGGGACAAUGAAGAAAAAAAAGAAGAGAAGGAGGAAGAGAAUGACAGAAAGGAGAAAGAACAAGUGGAGAAGAAUGAAGGGCAGAAUGAAGCAGAGGAAGAGGUAAAGAAGGAGAAAGAUGAAAAGGUCUUUGAGAUGAACAGAAGGGCCAUAGACAUUAUCACAGCGUUCCAGGAAGAAAACAGAGAACAGGAACUAAGGAUCACCCAAUACUAUGAAGAAGAGGAGAAGAAGGAGAAGGAAAACAAAGAAGAGGAAGAGGAAAAAGAGGAGGAUGAAGGGGAGGAAAAAGAAGAGGAAGAGAAGGAGAAAAAGAAGAAAUAUGAAGAGGAGAAGGAGAACGAAGAUGAGAAGCAGGAUGAAGGGGACAAUGAAGAAAAAAAAGAAGAGAAGGAGGAAGAGAAUGACAGAAAGGAGAAAGAACAAGUGGAGAAGAAUGAAGGGCAGAAUGAAGCAGAGGAAGAGGUAAAGAAGGAGAAAGAUGAAAAGGUCUUUGAGAUGAACAGAAGGGCCAUAGACAUUAUCACAGCGUUCCAGGAAGAAAACAGAGAACAGGAACUAAGGAUCACCCAAUACUAUGAAGAAGAGGAGAAGAAGGAGAAGGAAAACAAAGAAGAGGAAGAGGAAAAAGAGGAGGAUGAAGGGGAGGAAAAAGAAGAGGAAGAGAAGGAGAAAAAGAAGAAACAUGAAGAGGAGAAGGAGAACGAAGAUGAGAAGCAGGAUGAAGGGGACAAUGAAGAAAAAAAAGAAGAGAAGGAGGAAGAGAAUGACAGAAAGGAGAAAGAACAAGUGGAGAAGAAUGAAGGGCAGAAUGAAGCAGAGGAAGAGGUAAAGAAGGAGAAAGAUGAAAAGGUCUUUGAGAUGAACAGAAGGGCCAUAGACAUUAUCACAGCGUUCCAGGAAGAAAACAGAGAACAGGAACUAAGGAUCACCCAAUACUAUCUGGAACUUGGCCUUGAGUGGACUGUUGAGGACCUACACAGCACCUACCCUUGGGAUUAAGGAAUGCCUACUUCUUCGGGAGCUCUUGACUCGAUUGGAAUUGCAACAGGCUCUCCCUCGUCGAAUUCUGGAGUAGGUAGCGGUUCGGGACUGGCAGGACUUGGACUUGUUGGCAGAGACAUUGGUGAGACAGGUGAUCGGGAGAUUGGGGUAUAGACUGGUGACAGGACUGGGACUGGUGUGGCGACUAAGGUUGGUUGAACCGGUCCAGGGUUUGGCGAGAUACAGAAGACCGAAGGUUGACUUUGGGAGAACAUAGGGACAUUCAUGGAUGGGUGGAUUUCCUUGCCCGGCACAUACUCCCUCGCAGGUCUGACAGCUGGUGGAGAAGGUGCUGGGAGCAGGAAUAGGUCUUCCUUGAGACACAGCUUGAUUCUGUUACGAUGGACAAUUUGCGGCUCAUACCCAAGUUUUUGUACCUCGUACAUGUCAGAGUCUGGAUAGGGUACAGACAUCACUGUGUAUGGUUCUGUCUCCCAGAUAGAGUCCAGUUUAUGAGUUCUCGGGAACUUCCGCAGACAGAUUUUGUCAUCUAGCUGGAGGGGUUUGGCGGAGGCAUGACAGUUAUAAUUGUUGUGGUUCUAAAGGUGAUAAUCCUGUCUGCAGCUCCACUUAUUGUGGACAAUCCUGCAUGCUACACCAAUUGUGAUUUUAGAAUUAGAGUAAAACAAACAUGCCCCUCCCCCGACCAUGUGCUCUCUUUGUUGGAGUCAAAAUGGCACCAACUAUAUGAAAACGGAAGCAGGAAGUUCAGGCUAAAUUUAUAGGUCCUAAAUAUGUUUGUAAAACACCCAGAAACACUGAUUAAGUUUUGUACAACUAUGAAAUAAUUGUACAAGGUAUUUUGGCAGAAAUGUCUUGUACCGGCAGUGUAUACCACCAAAUUAACUAUCACUCGGUAACCAGCAAAGUUAAUAACAUUUAAUAAAAACAUUAAUUAGCUAAACCAAAUAAGACAUACAUACAAGCAUUAAUACAAUAGUACAUACUCUAUGUUUAGCAAACUAGCAGGAAUCUACGCAAGUGAUACGUGAAUAUUUAGUGUAGAAAUGAUACAAUCAAUAUACUUAUCCAUCCCAGGCUAAAGAGCAGGAUGCUCCUCUCUCAACGAAAUUCCCAAGCAAAAAAGGACCAAAGGCUAUGUGGUUUCCUGUGAUAUCCCCUAAUGCCCCACCCCUUUGGCCUACUCUCCUCACAUAACCUGGAAAAACAGGUUCUUUAGCCCCGCCCACUGUGGCUGUGGCUAAACCAAGCUAAAACCGUGGGGGCAGGGAAAUGUAUACUGCAUGGAAACAAUGGAUGUAAAAACACAUAAUUUCAGUGUCCAUAACAAUAAUCUUGCUGUUGUCUUCGUUAAGCCUCGCCCAUCUUUUUGCCAACAAUCUCUUUUGCUUCUUGGAUCCUUCUUUGAUCCUGGGGAGUUAUUGAAUGGGGCUUGAAGCCCAAAUGCCCAUGCCAUUCCCUCAUCGGGUAGAAAGGGGUGUAGCCGGUAGAACAAUGGACCGUGUUGUUAUAAAUCUCCAACAAUUCGGGCAACAAUUGGGGCCACUCUUCAUGCUUGGAUACAGAUGCAGCUCGCAACAUGUUGAUGAAGACUUGAUUGAUGUGCUCACAGAGCCCGUUCCCUUGAGAGUGGUAAGCUGUAGUCCAAAGUUUCUUACAGGCGUGGAACUGACACAGCUCCUCAAAGAGUUGGGCCUCGAAGGCCCUUCCACGGUCUGUUAGGACAGACUCCGGACACCCAAGGGUUUGCACCCAAUUGGAGUACAACAUCUGGGCCGCUGUCUUGGCUGUGAGGUCUUUAACGGGUACCAUGACAACCCAUUUGGAGUAGUGAUCCACCAUGGUGAGAGCAUAAGUGUGCCCAGACUGGGUAGGAGACAACUUGACAUGGUCUAGCGCGACCAACGGAUUAGGCCUUUCACUCUGGAUUGAAUGGAGGGGUGCUCUUGCGCCCUUGCACACAUUCUUGGUGACAUUGCAGAGUGCACACUCACUGCACCAUUUCUCAAUGUCGCUCCACAUUCCAAUCCAGUAGCCUCGGUCUUGUGGACUCCAAAGUGUCCCGACUGAUCAUGACAUGUGUUGCGGACCAUCGCCGCAUCUCUUCGAGGAACCAGAAUCUGAUGAAGUCGAGCAUCAGAGACCGGAUCCAAAGAAUUUCUGUAGCUGGGUUGUCGCCGGUGAGGAUUCUGUGUUGGAUCAUGGACGCAUGUACGAAGUCUGUAGGGUGUUUACUAAAAGCCUUGUGGUACCUUUUGGCGACGUUGACGACUCCCUUGACUUGAUCCCUUGGGGUGGUAUUGUCUCCUACUUGGAGUUGCGCCCACCAGGGCUCAGGAGAACUCAUACAGGAUCCUUCAACCACUUGGGCCGCAUGCUUUUGAGCCACCUUGUGUUCUGUUAGGAUGACCCUUGACUCUAUGAGAUACAGCUGGGCGACUGGGGUGUAUUUAGGUAGCACAGUAGUAGAAUCAGACAGAUUGACUAACCGUACUGGGGCCCAUUGGUAACUGUAACAAGGCUUCUCGCAGCUCCAACAAGGAUGAUCGAGGAUGAUCUUCCAGUUGCAUUGGCUCCAGCAGGGCUUGAUAGUCCUUGUUUCUUACUCCAGGACUUGCACGGCACCAGGUGAUGGUCUCUAUGUUGGGUUGCAAGGUCACCGACCUGAUGUCUUGUACUCGCCCUCUGCAGAUUUCACCUUGCUUGUUGGAAAACUUCUCUGCCUGUAGAACUUUCAAGUGGUGUUGCACAGCCCAUUGGCCUGAAAGGGACAUGUAGGGGAGAGAGGUACGGCAUCUACUAUUUCAACAAAACAGUUUUUCAUAAUGUUCAUCUCCAUUAUAAAUUCAGCAGACCCCUUAUCUGCCACAUUAUUUACAAUCACUCCCUGCCCAAUAAGUACACGUUUUCCCAACUGAAUAGUUGGCUCCCAGUAUUCAUGUCUGGGUAUUGGUUGUCUUACCUGCCACUACUCUAAAGUCAACAUCAUCAGGCUCACACAAUAAACUAGCAUCCCAAUGCUGAUAGAAUUUUUUUUUAGGUAUGGUAGACACUUGUGACCCUGUAUCUAUCAGCGCCUCCAACUGUACACCCUCUACAAUAAUUUUUACAUAGGGGCAGGAGGCAACAUAAAGUGCGAGUCCUAACUUAGGCAUUCAGGUUUGGACCUGGUGACUGUUUUCCUGAGGGCCGGUCCGCGACCUCAGGAGAAAUCUGUUUAAAUCCCUGCAUCUUCCAAUGUCCUGACUUAUUGCAGUAAGUACAAAAGGGCCUAUGAGUCCCCGAGGGCCUAUUGGACGGAGAGUUGAAAUUGCAGGGGGCAGGGACAGGUUUCCUAUGUGGGGGCUGUUCAUAGUCAGGUGGGGCGGCCCGAAUGGCAAGCUCCUUCACCGCCUUAGUCAACUGUUCAAUGUCCUGCUUAACACUUUGUAGGUCAAAGGCUGUGGUGACUGGCAAAGCAGAUGAUACUGGGGCGGGGGCCCAUGAUGGUGGUAUUGGCCCAACUACCGGCCCUUGUGGCUCUUGGACAGGAGUACAAACUUCCUCAAAGUCAGUCCCGGACUCAAUCACUUGAAUAGUCAGUCUCUUAAAAGCAGGGCAGGACAAAUGAGGGUUUUUGACUGCUAACAUUCUCAACUGGGCUUUGUCCCACUUAUUAUGAGCCCCAUCGAUAAAUCUGUCCAUUAACACCUUGUUGCCCUGCUGGGGAUUUAUACCAUCUAGUUUUUGGACAGUCUCUAGGGCCUGGGUUCUCAACCUGGGGUACGCGUACCCUUAGGGGUACGCCAGGGGCUGUCGGGGUACGUGAAAGCG